GCCAUGCCAAGCACUUGAGAUCCGAGCCGGAUCCCACAAAGGCUACAGGGGUCAAGCCCGUUCUCUGUCACUGUCCAGUCAACUGUGCGCUGCGAGCGGACUGAGUGUAUGAACAUCAGCACGAGUCUCAGCUUGCUGUACUUGCUUAGCACGGGGGCGUUGGGUUCAACACCUCCGAGAUACUCCAUUAUAGACCCACUAUGCAAGCUGGCCGAUCUCCGGUAUACGAGUCCGCUCCUAGUUAUUCUCCACCUCUUCGUCCCAGUAUCGUCCACUCUCAAUCACUAUGUGCCCUCCUAUAAACCUGUGGCACGGUAUGGACGCUGCGUGACACCCCUUGGUGGAACAUCUCCAUUCUACCCCGUCAUAUUCGCUUACAGACCAUCCGCAAGGGAUCCUACACAAAUUCCUAGGUUCUGCGCAUCAAAUUGGGGUCUUACGUACCCCUCUCAAUAUUCAUGUGCAUGAUUUCCUCCAUUUUUACCGCCUCUCACACUCCCUGUAAAUUAGCCCAGUGGUAGAUUUACCUGUUCAGGUAUU